AUGAUGCGCAGGAAUGCUAUGCUCGCUCUCGUCGCAUCUCUUGUUGCAGUUGCCUUUGCCCUGCCCGCCGAGCAAGUCCAAGCCUUGACAUUGACAUCUGCUAGUCUCACCCGGCGUGACUCUGACCAAGACACCUGGGCCUGCUCACUCAACGUCUACACGCCCGUCAGCGUCCAAUGCCAAUUUGACUUGGAGUUCUUUGCCAACAAUCCGGCUACCAGCAAGAUGGUCGCUACUGGUACACAGGGCUGCAUUGCCAUCCGUACCAUCACCGUCGUCGUCCCCAACAAGACUGGUGUCAUGGGCGUCUAUAUCGAGCUUCAGUCGGACGACAAGCAGUCAGUCUGGGUCAUCACAGCUUCAGCUAACCUUGCCACAGGUGGCUGGACGGCCUGGCUGCUUGCCAAGGGUACCCAUACCGGCAAAAUCUCAUACGACGACACCUCGCUCGCAACGCUCGAUUUUGGCCAGACCAGACAGCUGGCCCCCUCACAGUCCUACGACGUUCUUGUUGCGCUCGCUUUGCUAAGCCUUUGCAAGAUCGAAGCUAAGAUGCGCUCUUUCGCCGUGUUCGCCAUUGCCUCUGCUGCUUCCGUAUGCGCUGCAGUUAUCGGCAGCAUCAAAGUCGAUACGAACGCCGCCGCCAUGCGACGUUUCUACCAGCCCGGUACUUUCACAGUCGAAUUCCUGACUAAUGACGAAAAGCCAUUCCACUGUAUCUUUGAUGUCGCAAUGGAUUUCGAUGCAGCUCUUGGUCAGCGCUACCAGCCUACAAACUUUGCGCCAGGUUGUCACCUCGGCAAAGUCUCAACGAACGAACUCUUGGGGAACAUUAGCAUCUUUAUCGAAGUUCUUAGUUCUGACAAGAGCACAACGAUUGAUUUGUCCAUCACUGCCGAUAAACAGACGAGCAUCUGGACAGCUUGGCUCUUGUCCACCGCUUCGCACGUCGGCGCCACAUACCUGGGCGACGAAACGAUGCGCCUUCUCGCACUACUCGCCGUUGCCUCCGUUACUCUCGUCAAGGCCGCCACGAGCGGCGGCAACAAUGAUGACUCGCACAUUGUCGCUAAGCGAGUGAUCCCCCGAACCGUCUUCACGGUCGAUUUGCUCAUCGGAGGCAACACCUUAUUUGAGUGUAUCUUCGACGUCGAGACAGACUUUGGCGCACCUCUGAGCCAGCGCUACACGCCCGGCAAUUUUCACGGAGACUGCCAGCUCGGCAGGAUCUCGGUCAACGAGCUCCUCGGUGACAUUAGCGUACUCAUUGAGCUUGUCAGUACUGACAAAACUACAACCAUCGACAUCUCCGUAGCCGCCGAUAUGCAGACGGGGACCUGGCGAGCUUGGCUUCUUUCUACCGCUUCACAUGUCGGCAGCACCUACCUUGACGACAAGACAGGCGCAGACCUCCUGCUUAAUGAUGAUGCUGAUAGCGGCGCCCAGCUUCCGCGCUGCUUUUACGACACUAAGCUCAAUCAGCCAGGUGUCAGCUGUUGA